UUGCAGUGUUUGAUACAUAGCUCAAAGAAGUUCAAAAGGAUUAUCGACUGUGACAAAGACAGAGCCAAUGCUGUUGAGUACAGUUAAGAGUCAUUAAGGUUGGAAAUGGCUUCUGAGAUGUCAGCUCCAGCCUCCAGUAGGGACAGACAUGAACAGUUGUAGCUCUCACAUGCAGAUACCAUCAUAAGGUUGACAACAUUAUGGUAGUAUCCUGUUUUUAUAGCUGUUUUGCCAGUGUCAUUUAUGCAUAAUUUCUUUUUUUCUUUGCACUGUUCUUGUAGAAGUUGAUUAUUCAGCAUAUCCAAAGAUGAAGAGGAAACUUGCAACAGCUGGGACAUUGAGGCUAAGUCCUAAUGAAGAAGCCAUGUUUCUGAAAGAAGAAUAUGAAAGAAGAAGAAAACUAAGGUUACAGCAGGUCAGAGAGCAGCAGAAGUAUAUCUCCUACCAGAUAAGGCAGAAGGUAAAGCAGAAGAGAGAAGAACAACUGCAUCAGUUAGAGGAGGCACUGAGAGCUGAAUGGCAGAAGGCACAGGAUGAGAAGAUGAAAGCCCUGGAAGAACUGUAUCUAUCAAGCUUAAGAGCGAUUGGGGAGGGUCACCGACAGGCCAAGGAAAAUGAACCUGAUUUAGAAGCUCUGGCAAAGCAAGCAGAGGAAAGGAAACAAAGAGCAGAGACAAGACAUAGAAAAGCUCUGAUAGAGCAGAAGCACCAAAAGGAAAAAUUACUUCGUGAGCAAGCCAGACGAGCAGAUGCACGUAAACGUGCUCUGGAAGUGGAAAGACAAAGAGCAGCCAAAGUUGCAAGCCUGCCACCUCCUCCGCCACGUCCUUUUGAAAGUUUUGAAGUGAAAAAGAUCCUUGCGAUGAAGAACUGUGGUGCCGAAAACUUUUCUGUUACACGUUACCAUAUUGCUGAAGCUUUGGUGGAUAGAGAAGUAGAAGGAGGGCAGCCAGAUGCUCAUUUAGCUGCUGAAGAAGAGGGGAGACGUUUGGAGGAACUACGCAGGGGGGCAGAGAGGGAAAGAAGAAAGCAGCUUGAAAAGGCACAUAUUAGAGGAAGUCACGCCUUGAAGAAGAUCCAAUUGGCCAAGGACAGGGAAAGACUCCUGGAAGAACUGGAGCAAAUGCAUGCUCAGGAGCGGAUGCGCAGGAGACAGGCUGUUGCACAGAUGCCAUCUCAGCUUUCAGUACCACCAUACAAACGCAUGGAAAUAAAAGAAGAAUGGCAGAGAGAACUGGAAUCUGCAUUUGAAGAAAUGUGCAGUGAAGACAGGAACAUGAAAGGAGACCUGAUUCUGCAGUUUGAGCCACAACCUUUGCCAGCUCCUUCUGACAGAGCUCGAGAUAAUGAUCUUGAUAUCUCCUUGGAGCAUGAAUCUGCUUGUGACACUCAACCAGAGCUUCCUUGUGAUACUCAACAAGAAUCAGGACAUAUGAUAGAAGAGGAGGUCCUUAAUGAACCAGAAAGGCAUGAAGAAGGAAAAACUUGUCAACCUCGAUCAAAACUUGCCUUACAGAAAUUGUUGAACAAAAUUAGAAGCCAAAAAGAGGAGUGGACGUCAAAAAACUCUGUGAAAAUGUUGGAAAAUGCAGUUGCAGAUGAAAAGUCAGUUCCAAUCCAUCCUCAAGAACAAGCAGCUAAAAUGAGAAUGGAAGAGGCAGCUAAAAUGAGAAUGGAAGAGGAGAGACAGAAGUGGAAUGAGGAAAUAGAGAAACAGAAACAGGAGCAGCUGGCCUUGAUUAAAAAAAUUGAGGAAGAGAAAGCUCUUUUGGAGGCUGAUUAUCUAAAGAUCCAAAUGCAAACCAGUUUGGAGCAGGCGAAGAAAAAAGAGGAAGAGCAACGUCAGCUGGUACAAAGCCACAGUCUCCAUUCCACAGAUCAUCAGAACCAAAAGGAACAUGAGUCUGGAAAUGUAUCAGAAACCAGGAGUCCAGGAGAAGGCAAUCAUGGACAGACGAUACGUAAUUUUCAACAACGCCUUCUGCAGCAAAAAAGGUUGCACAAACAAACCAUUGAAGAAGCUAGAAAGAAUCUACAGCAGUAUCAGAAUACACUGAGGCAAAGGUACUUGUCUAGUUCUGAAAUACCUCUGAGCACAAGGGAAACAAAAUCCAUUAAUUUGGAGCCUGUCUCAGAGCAGCCCCUACAGAUACAAGGAGCACAGCCAACACAGUACCAGGCAUCAGAACAAGUUCAUGCCCAAGAAUAUGCGCGGUCGUUACCUGUGUUUUCAGGAACAUUGGGUAUGUUGGAAAAACUAUCUUCACAGAAGCAGCAAGAGCAAGUGCCUAAUACUUGUCCUGGAAAAUCAGUGCAGUUUUCAGAAGCAUCAAAAUUGAAGCAUGGAGAGUUUCACUUGCCCUGUGACUGUCCUUCACAGGAGCAAGUGGGAAUAUUCAAAGCUGCCAAUAAUCACAUCAGAGAACCAUUCCUGUCCCAUUUACCAUCAGGGUCAGUCAGGAAAGAAGUGACUGCAGUAAGAAUACAACCAGAAGCACACCAACAACACUUUAGGUUUACGUUGCCUGCAGAAAGUUUCUCUGAGUCUUCAGAAACAGUACUCUCUAAAGAGUUGCCUCAGAAGAUAUCUAACUAUCAAAACAAGACAGAAGAUGGAGAAGAGCAUGCAUUUAAGACAUCCAUCCUGCCAGUAACGAAGAAAUCAGCCUUGGCUGAUCCUUCAGCCUAUCAGCAGGGAUCUGUAGAGAGCAGCAAAACAAGCCCUGAUCAACCUCUCAAUCUUUCUGAACCCACGAUUCUAGCGCAUGAAGAAUCUAAAGCCCAGAGAGUUGAGGAAUUCUUGGUAUCAAAAGCAGGAGAUGCAUCUUCAUUAAAUUAUUCUGGUAUACUGAGCCUAAGGGACAGAGUGUUGGCCUCAUCAGAAAGCAUCCAAGCUCAGCAAAAGUAUUUGAAAGAACUGCAAGAGCAGCUAGAUGCGCAAAGAGAAGCUCUUCUUUCUAAACAGAGAAUACAAGAAAAACUACUUUUACAGAAGCAAGAUAAAUUGAAGGAACAGAUGCAGAGACAGCAAGAGGCUUUGAAAGAACUUCUGAACAAGCAGGUGAGAUAUAUGCACCCAAAUGAAGAAAUGACAGAGGCACAAAAGCCUUUCAGGAGUAAGAGAACUGACUUCUUCCAAGUUUUAGAAAACUACCAGCAAGAGAAUUGUCGCAGGAAUAAAUUUCACAGAAGUGAAACAAUUUCACCGUGCAUUGGUCCAGUUGAGCAAACUGAUCAAUCUGAGAAAGUUCUCUGUAGAGAACAGAAACAGAGGUCCUCCAAACCACCAGUGACAAAAGUCAAGUUAGGGCUUGGUUUGGAGCAGCAUGAACUUAGUGUUAUACCAGAGGUAGACACACCGAAGAGUUGCAGCCUCUCUUUGGCGGAUGAUGGUACUGGAGAAACUUCUCAGAGUUCAGCCUCUGGGGAGUUUGCAUGUGUGAAACAUCACAGUUAUGCUCUUCAUGGAGGCGCCUUUCCCUUGGGCGUGACAAACUAUGACAGAAAAGCCUCCAAUGGAAGUCCAAGGCAAACUAAUCCAUCAGGAAGAUUAUUACAAGAAUUGCUGAUGAUGGCUGCUGAAACGUCAUGUGAUUCAGCCCAGUCCGAGGAUUCUCAAGUGUCUCAAGAUUCACCAGUUGUCGCUGCUGAAGGUGGAGAGAGACUUAGAACAAGUUCUGGACCAUCAUUUGGGCUUGAUAAUACGGAAGUGCCAGGUUCAGAGGCUUUUGUGCAAAAAAUACCCUGUGAUGUAAAUUCAACAGUUUCCACUGGCACCUUUUCAACCAGUGAAGUGCUGAAUGCAAGCCCCGUUGACACUGGAUUGUCUUCUGAUAGUAGAGGAGAUGGAAUUCUGAGAGAAAAAGGAAGCCACCCUUGGAACUCCUCACUUCCUUUUACCUUGCAGCAGAGGCAAGAGAAUUUUUCUGGAGCAUCUGAAAGUCAGUUCUCCAAAGGAGAGAUGUACUGUUAUAAAGAAAACCAGAUACAGCAGAUCCUGGGGAGACCUACUGGGAACUUGAACUCUUACUUGGAGGACAGUACGCAUUUCCAAGCUCUAGCAACUGAACUCUGUUCUCCUGAAAUGGAGAGACCUUUUCCAAACUUCCAUCACCAGCUCUUUCAGCCUCUGGAACCAAGUGUUGACUUUGAUACAUCAUCAUCAUCAUCCUGUUCUCAAUACAGAAUUUCCCAACACAGUCGAGAAUUUAGCAAGGCUUCGGAAUUUUCAACAGAAAGUCCUGAUGUGUCUGCAUUUCUAGAAGAGGAAAACUCCGGUCUGAACAGACAAAGAAGCAGUCAGCCUUCUAGUCUUGAAACAAAUGGGCAAAACAUUUCAUCAGAAGAAGGGCUGAUUAGAGAAAAUGUUACUCCAGGAUCUGAAGAAUCUUUUCACCCACUGCAAUUAGAAUCUACUCUGAGUGAUGAUUGUCAGAAUACUGAUCAGCCAGGGGAUAUGAACAUUGUGUCACAGAGACCUUUUGAACAAACCCCUGGAAUUAAAAACAGAGGCAAUGAGAGCUGUAUUUCACCUGCAAGUGGAUAUGAAGAGCUGUCAAGAAGUAUGGAAUGUAUUACUCUCCAGUGUUCAGUGGAAGAUCUGCGGAAUGAAAGUCUGGAAGAGCAAAAAUCGUUUUAUCAACUAGAUCCCAUACCAGUUACAAUGGAUGAAACUUCCUCUGAGCAGUUAGUAAAAGAGACUGUGUCUUCUGAAAAAUUACCUUUGAAGGCAUUUGAUAAGAAGAAGCUUCCUGAAAAAUCAAUUCAUGUAGAUGAAGUAAAUAAAGCUAUGGAGCUGCAUUCUCAGUGCAAUAUGGAUAUAAAGGAGCCAGAUCAAAGCUUUCCAGAAGGACAAGAAUCUCUGAGGGUUCCCAGGGAAACCAACUUGGAAGACUCAGACAUCUCUUUGCACAGUGUUGUACAGCAGAACAGUUCUUUAUUCCAAAGACAUGAAAAACAUUCCCAUCCUAUGCCCAGAAGCUCAUGUCAUAUUCCAGUCUGGGAGACUGAGUCAGGGCAAGGUAUUAUGGAAGAACCAGAGCUCACCCUGAUAAGCUCCAAUGACACCAGUAUUGUAGAAUUAGACAUUGAACAUCCUAACCAAGAGAAAACUAAGGAGGAUGCAAUGGAUAACUCAGCAUGUGUGGAUCAAUCUGAAUGUAAUGUUUAUACUGAGGAGAGAGAAUUUUUCCCACUAGCUCCAGAUGCAGAUUAUUCAGCAUUCCAAAGGCCUGACAGUUCUCCCAAAGCCCAGAGUCCCAACGAGAGUCACUGUCCGUCACAUCAGACUGCAGUGAUGCUGCUGGAAUUUGCAGCUACACCUGGAAGUUUACAAAAAUCUUUUUUAAAAAGAAAGCAGAAUUUCAUCCAGGAAUCUCUGAAAAGAGUAGAAGCAAUAAAAAAUAAGGAAAGAGAAAAUGAAAAGCUGGAAGCAAGAAAGCUUCAAGGAGGGAAGUCUGAGAAUCUAAGAAGCAGACAGAAGAAGUCUGAUCUUCUCUCUGGAAAAAAUGGUGCACUUGCCAAUCAGUUGAAAAAAGUAGAAGUGAAAGUAUGUUCUCCAGAGGAUAGGAAGUCUGGAGAAAUUGAAAUGCACCAGCGUACAUCCAGACUUUAUAAUCAGCUCGCAGAAGUAAAAAUCAGAAAUGAAGAAAAAAGAAGGCAACAAACUUAUGCUAAGAACAGAGAAAAGGCUAAAGAGUUUCAAAAGAAAAUGCUGGAGAAACUGCGAGCCAAGAAGACUUGGAAAGCACUAUGACAGGCAAAGACUUUGAGCAACAAAGACACACGGUGGUGGUGGUACAAUCCAGGCCACUGAGUGGUACAGCCUCAAUGGUGAACUGUGAAGCCAUUUAGGAAUCCUCAGCUUUAAGCUGAGUACCCCAAACCCCUGUGGUCCCUGUUCAGAGCUCACCAAGCAGAUGGCCUGUGGUGCUUUCUUCAUUGUUUGUCUCAGACUGAGCUACUGGCCUGAAAGGCCUGUAUGUUAAUAUUUUAAAGAAAUACCAAGUUUUGUAAUAUACAUGUAUAAAACAUUUUCAAAUAAAGUUUUAAGGUUAUUUGAA